AUGUUUCGUUGUCGGCGGAGUUGUUUGCUGCUCACCGUCCCCACCACCAAUAAUGCACUCCUGUCUCCAUUAUUUGCGCAGUUGCUUCCAAACCUGAAGUAUCUUCCACCGUUGCCCUCUGUGACUGGGGAUUAUGAACGGUUUUGGCUGCAGCGAGAGUAUCUGCAGCACACACCACCUCCCAUGCCACUCAAUACGUAUGCCGCACAACAGGUAGCGUCGCCGUACUUUUGGAUGGAGGUGAAGGACCCGCUUUACAUUACGCACACACUACAACAGUCACGCUUGGUGGCAUGUGAAGGGAUGAAAUUGGGGAUCUCUUCCUUUUCCCCAGCUUUAUAUCAAACCACUAAUAGUAAUACGGUUACGGAUAAGACUUCUGAGAUGGACAGGAUGUGUAUGUUACAGAAGCAAUACUUUGAGUUCCGUUACUGGUUCUUCUUCGAGGUGCUAUACUACUACCGUCAAAUGCGCCCCGCAGAAGAGGAGGCAAUUAGCAAGGCAUACCAGAAGCGGCAUCACGCGAAUGAUGGGGCUUCUCCAAUUUUGCGUAUAACUGCAGGUAUGGGUGUGUCGGAUACCAUGUUGGAUAAGGAGCUACUUUCCUUUGUGCAACGCUUGAUGCAGUCGCCGUACAGUGAUGAGAUCCGUGACGCUGGGGUGGCUCGCGAAACUGUUUCUGUAUGA